UUGUAUCAGACAAAAAAUAUACAUAUUUCUAUAUAAGUAUACGUAUAUAUAUUUUUGUCAACCACUCUUCAUUAAGCUAUCUGCAUAAUUGAAAACGGCUAUGAAUAUUACUGGAGUCUCCCUAGUCCUAACACAUUGUCAAAGAGCAGUGAAGCAUGUGGUUUGCUCGUUCUUACGCCACGUGUCCACGGCUGUUUAGAGAUGUCCAGAUGAUAGGGUGGUCGCUGGUGGAGCUGAGGUUAAACGAUGAUAGGCUACCACAUCGAUCAGGUACUGCGCUUUCACCUGCGCUGUUAUCAGCUGAUAGGGAUGCACGGGCUACCGCUGUCAAGCGAUGUGUAUCCGAGGCAAAAGUCAAAGCUACUGAAUCUCUGGGCCGGAUGCUUAUUAACGGGGUUCAGUGGAGUGGUGUACAUGUGCUUAACCAGCGACGAUGACUUCCUCUACCAGGGCGACAAUUUUAGCUACUUCAACGAUGCCAUGAAGUUUGGCUUUGCCGAAAUGGCCAUAUUGAGUAUCUACUGGGAGACACUUUCGUCGCAACGAGUUCACCUGGCGUGCUUUUGGCAGCUAUAUGAAGCUCUGGCAGCAACGUUCAAGGCAACACCAUCAGUUCGAACCCUGCGGCAGCAGCUCCUGCAACACUGGCGCUUCCUUCUCAUAUUCUAUGGCACGCUAUUGUUGGAGCUGGCGCUGUUGUGCGUGUAUGUGCUAAUGCAGGAGAUUUCGCGUCAUCUUUUGCUCUUCUGGAUCACCUUUCAACCGUUCGUCUUAGUGGUGCACCUGCGCAAUACACAGUUCGUGCUUCAUUUAGAUCUAUUGCGCCAGGAACUGCUGCAGCUGGAGUGCGAGCUGAUACUGCUUGUCGAAUAUUCAGGCUUUGCCAAAGACUCAGCUAGCUUUGCUGGCUUCGACGAAUACCUAAGACGUCGUGUGCGUGAGAAGCAGAUGAUUUAUGAGCGCAUCAACGAGCAGUGUACCUGCUUCACAAGGGGGUUUAGUUACUCCGUGCUUACCGUGCUGCUUAUGAUAUACAUUCGCAUCACAGUCGAUUGCUAUUUUUUCUUGUAUACCACAUUUAAUAACAUUAUUAACUUGGAUUAUUACCUAUUGUUUCCCGCAAUCCUUCAGAUACCCAUAUUUCUCUAUGCUUCACAGACCUGCAUGCAAAUAGUGCCCCGGAUUGCAUACCAGCUACACAAUAUUGUAACCGGCUGUUCGCCAGUUUCCUUGCAGAUCCAAAACUUUUCGCUACAAAUCCUACAUGAACCUGUGCGCAUUGAUUGUGUGGGUAUAGUUAUUCUAGACAAUCAUCUGCUAACACAGAUUGCUUACGCCGUGUGCACCUAUAUGAUCUUUACCGUGCAGCUGAUGCCCAAGUUGAGUGGGGCCUAUUUAUAGUUUUUUUUGUAUAUCAUAUU